GUGAUUCUGAGCUCCAAAUACAACGAAUUGUCUCGUUGUUCUUUUUUUUUUCAUUUUUGAUUUGUUCUUCCAGUAAAUUAUUGAGUUUAUAUCUCGAAAGCCUACGAGAUUUCGCGAGAAUCUCGCCAAGCACCUCGCUUGGCAGCUACAGUGUGUAUUGUGGCAAGUGCUUAAAAAAAAUAAAGGACUUUAAUGUCGUCUGUUGAAUUUGGUAAGGCGCUUUAUAAAUGGUAUUAUUAUUUAUUAUUAUUAAAUAAAUAAAGAAGUUUACAGUAAAAGUCAAUUGGAUGGUUUUAGAUGAAUGCAGUUUUCGGAGAAAACAGGGGAAAGGUGUAACAUAUGUUAUCUUCAACGGUAAUCUUGAUCGAUGGGCCAAACUAAAUGUUUUUUUUUCUCCUGAUUUUAUUUGAUUUGUAUUUUGCCCAAUUUCACAGAGCCACUUUAGCAGAAAAUAUUGUUUAGCAAUUUGUGUUUGCUAAGUAGAAAUGAGCAAGCUAUACCGGUUACAACUUGUUCAUUAUGACAUGGUAGAUCGGCUGGAAGCCUUAUUUUGUUAAGCAUCAUUUUGUUAUGCUUAGCUACUUUUUGUGCGUAUAAGCGGGUCUAUGAAGUUAGGCCCUGGCUGUUUGUUUCGUGCAUGGGUUAACAUUACUUUUUGUCAGAAAUAAGUAAAGCAUUUAUGAAUGAACGAAUAAAACAAUUUUUCUUGAAAACACAGCCUUUUUGUCUGGUGAAUGGGUUUUCUCAAAGCAAAUUGAUAUUAAUUAGUCACUUUAAAGUAACACAUCACAAAUAGGUUACAAAUUGUGUUUAACGUACAUUACGCACUGCUGAAACACAAAGAAAUGCAGUGAUUAAGCAUGCCGCAUCUAUUGUCACCCAUCAACAAUAACCAUUGUCUGACGAUGUGUGUCUGCAUAACAAAAGGAAAAAAAUACAAUCCAAUAUCUAUUCAGAUUUAUUUCAGACACAUCUGUUUUCAAAAAAGGGUAAAAAAAAUAAUGGUAUAAAAACAGAUGUUCGAGGAAUAGUCUUUUCACAAUUUGAAUGCAACCCGUUAAUUGCACACGGAACGCAGGACACUCCCGGGUUAUCUCGCUUUGAACUUCGACAAGUAUCUUCCUAAAAUCCUCCAAAAUGCGUGAAUGUAUCUCAGUCCAUGUCGGCCAGGCCGGAGUCCAGAUGGGCAAUGCCUGCUGGGAGCUGUACUGUCUUGAGCACGGCAUCCAGCCUGAUGGUCAGAUGCCCAGUGACAAGACUGUUGGUACGUGUAUGGACUCCUUCAACACCUUUUUCAGUGAGACCGGGUCAGGACAGCACGUCCCCCGCGCCAUCUUUGUCGACUUGGAACCAACGGUUAUAGAUGAGGUUCGAACCGGCAAAUAUCGCCAGCUCUUCCAUCCCGAGCAGAUGAUCACGGGCAAAGAGGAUGCCGCCAAUAACUACGCCAGGGGUCACUACACCGUCGGAAAAGACCACAUCGAUGUGGUGCUGGACAGGAUUCGAAAACUGUCUGAGAUGUGCACCGGUCUGCAGGGAUUCCUGUUCUUCCAUAGCUUCGGUGGAGGGACAGGCUCAGGUUUCACCUCUCUCAUAAUGGAGCGACUGUCAAUCGAGUACGGCAAGAAGUCCAAGCUGGAGUUUGCCGUCUACCCAGCUCCACAGAUGGCUUCGGCUGUGGUGGAGCCCUACAACUCUAUCCUUACCACUCACAUCACACUCGAGCACUCUGACUGUGCCUUCAUGGUCGACAACGAGGCCAUCUACGAGAUCUGUCAGCGCAGUCUCGGCAUCGAACGGCCGUCGUUUUCGAAUCUCAACCGCCUCAUUGCUCAGGUUGUCUCCUCCGUCACGGCAUCACUACGUUUCAAUGGCGCCCUCAACGUCGACCUGAAUGAGUUUCAGACCAACUUGGUACCCUAUCCAAGAAUCCAUUUCCCCCUGGUCACGUUUAGUCCGGUCGUCUCAAAGGAGCAGGCCCACCACGAGACAAUAACCGUCGCUGAGAUCACCAAUUCUUGCUUCGAGCCUGCAAACCAGAUGGUGAAGUGCAAUCCCCGCAACGGCAAGUACAUGUCAUGCUGCCUCCUGUACCGUGGUGAUGUCGUCCCCAAGGAUGUUAGUACAGCCAUUGCGACCAUCAAGACCAAGCGUACCAUCCAGUUCGUUGACUGGUGUCCAACUGGCUUCAAGGUGGGCAUCAGCACGCAACCACCUACCGUGGUACCUGGAGGUGAUCUGGCUGAGGUGAAACGUGCCGUCUGCAUGAUGAGCAACACAACCGCCAUCUCCGAGGCUUGGGCUCGCCUGAACCACAAGUUCGACCUGAUGUACUCCAAGCGAGCGUUCGUCCACUGGUACGUAGGAGAGGGUAUGGAGGAGGGUGAGUUCUCUGAGGCUCGUGAGGAUCUGGCUGCCCUGGAGAAGGACUACGAAGAGGUCGGAAUCGACUCUGUCGACGGUGAUGGCGAGGAAGAAGGAGAUGAAUAUUAAACACAUUCCAACAGAACUAUACAGAACUUCAGAACAUCAAAACCACUUUGUUUAUCAGUUAACUCAUUCAACGUCGCUAGUACAGUUAGACAAACUAUUGAAAAGGCAAACAACAUACUGUACGCGAUUUUUUUUCUCAAAUCAGCUAAAAUUGCAAAUUGAUUACUUUUGUUUUUUUGACUCGCUGCUUUUAUAUUAUUCUUCUCCAUUCUUAAUUUGAAUUUAAUUAGUUUUUUUAUUUAAAGAUCAAUUAAAUUAAAUUAAAAUUGUUAAAAUCCUUG